CAGGUAAGGAUGUUUCAGAGCAAAGACACACUUUGUUUAGAGCAGAGUUCCCCAAUCUUUUGGGGAUGGGGGGGAGGAGGGAUGGUUUUGUGCUUUUUGCGGGUGAGCAGACAUGCAGCUUUAUUUGUAGGCACCCUCACCUGCCACUUCUGAGACCCAGUUCCAAAAGGCUCAAGGCCCGCCUGUGGGCUGCAGCCCAGAGGUUGGGGACCCCUGGUUUAGAGCGUUCCCUUAAAGAAGCCAUGUUUAUAAAUCAAUCAAUAACAUUUAAAAAAAAUUAAAUUAAAAUUAAAAAUAAAACGAAAAAAUUGAAAAUAAAAGGUAUAAAAUGCAAAAUGAAAAAAUAUAAAAUAAUACAAAAUAAAAUAAGUAAAAUUAAAGGUGGGAUAUAAAUAAAUAAAAUCCCACCCAUCCCGUCCCUCUGAUCAAGUCCCCCGAAAAUUCCCAAGUUCAGAAUCAACAUUUUCCAUGUUCAGGAACCAGCUUUGUUACUUGGGACAUCUUUCCCUUGCUCCGGCCUCCGCUUUGCUCCGCAAGCCUUUCCCCUCCUUGCUUUUCAGCUCGCCCUUCUCCCGGCUUUCUGAGGAAGCUUCCCGCUGCCGCUCGGCCCUCGCCGCUGCUGGGCUGCUCCUCCCAAUUCGAUCCUCUGUAAUAAGCACGGGGCAGCCGCAGGAGGUGCAGCGGGGGCGGAAGAGUGAGCAAGGGGAAAAGCGCAUCUCCCUCCCCGCUUUACGGCUGCUGAAACCCCUUUCCUCUGCUCCCCCCCCUUCCCCGGAGAGCCCAGUGUCGCCGUACAGCGUCCGGCCUCCUUCCUUUUUAAGGCUGGUUUGACAGAUGAAGAUUGAUUCAGUUACGCAUCAUAACAGGAAGUGAUUAAUCAAUGAAAGUUAGAGUUGGACAGGCAUUUGACCAUGGCUAUCCUAUUCUUCUUCCUUGGUCUUUUCUUCUCAAGGCUGAAUAUAUCCUGCUUCUUCAAGCUUUCAUUUUAGUUUGUAGACCUUGGAAUUGUCCAUAUUUAAUGCAAUAAGUAAAAGGAUGGCUUACCAAAAAGUCCAUGCAGACCAGAAUGCACAGUAUUUAGAUAGUGAAGAGCUUCAAGCCACUUCCCUGGAGUUAGAAUGGGACAUGGAGAAAGAACUGGAGGAGCUGAGCUUUGACCAUUUUACUUUAGAUGGAGCAGUCUGUCAACCAACUGAGAGUAUGCAAAAUGCUGACUUGGAGUGCAUUCAGCCAUCAGCAUCUCCCAAAGGAAGGUUUGAAAGGCUCCAGGAAGAUCCAGAUUAUAUUCCUCACCGGACCCAGCAUCCACCAAAGACCAAUUGUUGCAGCUUUUGCUGGAUAUUUAAGCUAUUUUGCACCGCUACAAGUUUAUUUAUUUUGGGGAUUUUGAUAGGCUACUAUGGACAUGCACAAUGCCCACCUUUACCAACAUCUUCAGAAGCUAGUAAUCCUGCCAUUAUUCAGGAUAUUCUUGAAGGUAUCAGAGCAAAAGAUCUUGCAGACAUUUUCAGGUAAAUGGUAUAUUCCUCCUUUUUAGUUGGAUGAUGUUGUCAAAAAUAUCUUAUUUUAUUUAUUACUGUGUUUAUCUUUCACCUGUUCUAUAGGGGCUCAAGGAAAUGAGGAAAAAUAUCUCUAUGGAGGUAUUUUUCAUUUUAUCCCUACAGCAAAACGUCUAUCAGGUAGAUUGGAAUAUGAAUCUUCUGCCAAAAAUAAGGAAUUCAGAAUAGGGGAAAGCAAGACUUUAGAGCCACAUUGGGUCCAAAGCUAGAUAAAAUGUCUCUUUCACUGAGGGAAUGUAUCUUUUUCUCAUCACUUUUUAAUCAUAGCUUAAGGGGUAAUUUCAAAUUUUCUAACCAAAUCAGUGGACAGAAAUGAUCAUCAGUGGAAGAUGACAUACAACUACCAUAUAUUUAUCAUGCAUUGGAUGAUUAAUAAUGUUUCAUUUUCGACAGCAAGAUUUUUUUUCACAUUGUGAGAAUAUACAUCAAUAGAAAUGACCUGUUGAAUAUCUGUAGGUGUGUAGAAGUUUGUGAACCCUUUUGAAUUUUCAAUAUUUCUGAAAUAUUCUAAAAUAUGAUCUGCUCUCUGCACAAAUACUGAAAGUAGAUAAAGGGAACCCAAUUAAACAAAUGAAUCAAAAAUAUUUUACUUUCUCAUUUAUUUAUUGAGGGAAAUGAUCCAAAGCUACAUAUGUAUGCACGAUAAAAGUAUGUAGACCUCUCAGAUUAUCACUUCAUUUGAAGGGGAAAUUAGAGUCAGGUGUUCCAAUGAACAAGUGUGAGUGUAGGGGAUCCUGCCUUGUUUAAAGAACAAAAUUUUGGAUAUUCAUUAUCAAAGUUUGAUUUUCACAACCCAAGUAUGUGGAAACAUGUCAUGGUUCAAAUAAAGGAGACUUCACAGGUAUUUCCACCAUUGUCGGACAAAUUGUAUAUAAAUGGAAGCAAUUCAAUACAGAACUGGUUGAAUAUAACCACACCAAGAGCAAGACAUAUAAUAAUCCAGGAGGACUCAAAGAAAAGUAAUAUCUAGGAAACCUUAAGGCUUCUCUUAUAUUGGUGAAUGUCAAUAUUCAUGAGACUAUCAUUAGUAGAACACUGAACAACAAUAGGCUGUAGAGCCAAGUUGCAGAGAGAAAGUCACUCUUCUCCAAAAAGAAAAUUGAGUCUCAUCUAUGAUUUCCAAAAGAUCAUGCAGAUAUAUCAGAAAAGCAUUGGAAGAAUGUUCUGUGAACCAAUGACAUUAAAAUAGAAUAUUUUGGCUGGAUGAGAAGUGCUAUGCUUGGCAAAAGGCAAACACUUCCAUCAUAAGACCUUUAUCCCAGAUGUGAAACACUGAAAAUUCAAAAAGAUUCCCAAACUUCUAAGCAUCACUGUAUACGAUAUAUAGGCAAGUGAGUUCUAUCAAUUUAUUUGCCACUGAAUAUUUCUACUUAAUGGCUUAUUUAUUGCCUUUCUGCAUUAAUUUUAUUGUUUGAUAAUGGCUCUUUUUCCAGAAGUACAUUUUGCAAAGAUAAUGCUGGUCUUUUAUGGAGGAAAUUAGGCUGUGUUUAUAAAAAUGCAUUUAACCAAGUCCAUUAAAGAUCUGCUUGGAACAUCCACACAAUAUUGAUUUGAUUAGUGUUAACUUGGAAGAUGUAUCUUUGUCAAGCGCGCUGUGCAAACCCAUCCUAUUUGCUUAGCUGUAGUGCCAAAAUGUAUCGUGCAAUUUCAGGAAUGGAUUUAUUCAGUGAUCAGGUUAAGUGUGUUUGUGAACAUAGCCAUUCAACAAUAGGUUGUGGAGGGAAUGGAUUGAUUAAACAGUGCCAAGAUUUAUUGAACAUUGCUAAGUGAAUCUUCAUAGCAAUAUCUCUAGAUAUCCUUUCACUUUAUAGGAAGAAAUAAAUCCCUUAGGCCUAUUCUGAAGAAACUCAGGGGUUACAGAUAAAUAAAGUAGGAAGCCAUUAUCAAAGAUUUCAGCAAUUACUAUGAUUCAAGAACCUGUGCUAUUUUUUAAAAAAAACUGCCUUGCAGUUUGUUUAUUUGCUGGUCUGUUUUUUGCUGUCCUUUGUUUUUUAUAACCUUCAGAUUUGCUGUCAUCUUGCUUCUCAUUGGCUGUAUGAGAAUAAAAUAUUUAAUCUAAAUGUUUCUGAGGCUGAAUUACAAAUUGCUGAAUUUGACAUAGGUCAACUUGUUUGAAUUAUUCAACUAUAGAAUAAAAAAAUGGUAAUUGAAAAAUAGUACUUCGUACAGUACAGAAUUAAACUAAGCCUUUGCUUAGGGUGCUUACCUUCCAACUUUUGUGAAAUUCGAGGGUAAAAUGAAGCCCUUUUCAUUUUGUACAAAAAGUUGUAUUGCAUAGCUGUACAAAAGAGCAGGGAUUCAGUCACAUGGCUGUGGUCACCAUCUAGUGGUGGAGUCUCCAGCUAGAUUGGAGGGAGGUGUUAAAAAAAGGAUUGAGUUUAGAAUCCUUGCACUGCUGAAAAUGGUGCAGACCUUAUUGCCCCAGAAUCCCUGAAGUCUCAUCUGACCAUUUCAAGGGAAUGCAGUUAAUCUGGAGAGAUUCUUGUAACAUAGGUGACUAAAAAUAAAGCUGAUGCUUAAGACUAUUCACAAGUGGUUCUGGUUGUUUAUACCUGAUAAAUCUUGACCUUCUUAGAUAUCUCCCAGUGGAUGCCCCGGUCUAUCAUUUAGCCCUGUUGAAUGUGUGAAUUGUUGUGCUAGGGGGUGUGGUUGUUAAGUUGAAUGUUGUAUUGCCUUUUUCACUAUAUCAACCUACCUUCUACAUAUUCAGGUUUGUAUGUCUGCUUUUGGUAUAAUAUAUGCACUGGCUCACUUUUCACUGCACAUUUAAUCAAGUCAUUUAGCGACUU